AUGGCAAUAGAUAAUAAUACUUUAAAAAUUUUAUUAUAACUAGAAGCAAGAUUUCAUGAGAAAAUUUAUAAUUUAGAUCAUGUAAAUUAAAUGUUAGAAAUUUACUCAGACUUUGUCUAAAUAUUUGAUAACUAAAAGUGUGCUUUGAGAGAGUAUUUCCUAGAAAAAAUAUAAUUUCUAAUUAGCAGACCUGAAACAAUAUAGUUAUUAAAGAAAUAAAAUAUACUCAACUUACCUGGGGAUGCUUAAAAAAUCUAAGGAAGAAUGAGAUUUAGUGUUUAUAAAAGAGCUUAAGUGAAUGAAAUGAAGAUUUAAUAAGAAUUAUAGAAUAAUGAACUUAAUCAAACUCAAAAUAUGAAUUAAUUGCUUUAAGAAUAUGAUAAAGUUCAAGAAAAUAUAGAAAAAUAAAUUAUAGAAUCUUUGAAUAAUUAAGAUGAACUAUUAGAGAAAAGAAAGAUGAAUAGAAAAAUGAAAACUUAAGUAAUGAGUUAAUCAACUUCUACAGAUAAUAUUAUUUAAUAAAAGUAAUUAAAUGAAUAUAAUGAUGAAUAACUAAUAUUAACCUAAUAGAAAGAAGGAGUCUCAACAAAUGAUAAAGAAGAUUUUAAAAUAGAUGAAGAUGAUUAAGAAAAGUGA